UUUCUGUCGUAGAGUAAGAAAAUGGAUUCAAGGCUAGUGUUGUCUCUCAAGCUCAAUCCUUGCUUCAGUCCUCUCCACCAUUUCGGCCUCUCCUCUCCUGGCUACUCCCGCCGCUUCUAUUCUCCGGUCACCGCCAAGGCCGCAGCAAAGAAAACCUCUGGGAUUAGUAUCCGUUCUGAACUCGAUGACAGAAUCAACGGCGGCGCUUUCUCUCCUGACUCUGAUUCCCGCUUCCUCGACCGUCAAAAGGCUUUAGAGGCAGCUAUGAAUGACAUAAAUGGUUCGUUUGGUAAAGGAAGUGUAACCAGAUUAGGGAGUGCUGGUGGUGCACUAGUGGAGACUUUUCCGAGUGGUGUUUUGACUCUUGAUCUUGCCUUAGGUGGAGGCCUGCCAAAGGGUCGAAUAGUCGAGCUAUAUGGACCAGAAAGUAGUGGCAAGACCACGCUAGCACUCCAUGCAAUUGCUGAAGUUCAGAAGCUUGGAGGCAACGCAAUGCUUGUUGAUGCAGAGCAUGCCUUCGAUCCAGCCUACUCUAAAGCCUUAGGUGUUGAUGUAGAAAACUUGAUAGUGUGCCAGCCAGAUAACGGCGAGAUGGCUUUAGAAAUUGCAGACCGUAUGUGUCGUUCUGGUGCGGUCGACCUUAUAUGUGUUGAUUCCGUUUCAGCACUUACUCCACGGGCCGAGAUUGAAGGUGAGAUAGGAAUGCAGCAGAUGGGGUUGCAAGCUCGUCUUAUGAGUCAAGCUCUUCGUAAAAUGUCAGGAAACGCCUCUAAAGCUGGCUGUACACUUAUCUUCCUAAACCAAAUCAGAUACAAGAUUGGUGUGUACUACGGGAAUCCAGAGGUGACUAGUGGAGGAAUUGCGUUGAAGUUCUUUGCGUCGGUCCGGCUAGAAAUCCGUUCUGCUGGGAAGAUCAAAUCUAGCAAAGGGGAUGAAGAUAUUGGUCUUCGAGCUCGUGUAAGAGUACAGAAGAGCAAGGUUUCGAGACCGUAUAAGCAAGCAGAGUUUGAGAUUAUGUUCGGGGAAGGAGUCAGUAAACUGGGAUGUGUUCUUGAUUGUGCUGAGAUCAUGGAGGUUGUGGUCAAGAAAGGUUCUUGGUACAGCUACCAAGACCAAAGGCUCGGUCAAGGAAGAGAGAAAGCAUUGCAGCAUUUAAGGGAGAACCCUUCUCUUCAAGACGAAAUUGAGAAGAGAGUGAGAUUGUUGAUGCUAGAUGGAGAUGUUCACAGAUCAAGCCCUUUGCUUAGCACCAGCUCCUCUUCUGUUUCACAUCAUGAAGAAGACGCCAACGACUCGCUUGAUGGUUUCCAAUGACUCUAUCUAAUCUUCUUGUUUCAACUCUCAGCAUUUAAAACUUUCAUAUGCUUUCAUUCUAUGAAAAAUGUUGUGUUCAAGUUAUAUACAAACACUAGAGGUCUUGUAUAUUCAAAGUAUGUUCUUUAAGUUA